AUGCAAAUAAAAACCACAAGAUACCACGUCAUACCCAAUAGUGUGAUUAUAAGAAAGAAACAUUUAAUGGAAAAUGACAAGCAUCGGCUAGGAGGUGAAGAAAUUGGAACUCUUGUACCUUGCUGGGGAGAAGGUGUCAGCAACAGAAACAUUAGGGCCCAGAGCCUCCUCCUCCUGGUGGCCCUCCUGGGUUUGGGGAGCCAGUUACCUGCUGCCUUGGGCAGGAGGAAGGGAGAGACGUCUGGGGGCUGCCCACCAGAUGACGGGCCCUGCCUCCUCUCGGUUCCUGACCAGUGUCUGCAUGACAGCCAGUGUCCCUCAGGGAUGAAGUGCUGUCACCAAGCGUGCUUCCUCCAGUGCGUGUGGAAGGUCUCAGUUAAGAUGGGCAGAUGCCCCGAGGACCGUCAGCGCUGCCUGAGCCCCGUGCAGCACCUCUGCUCCAAGGACUCGGACUGCCAGGGCCACAAGCGGUGCUGCCUGGGUGCCUGCGGCCGGGACUGCAGAAACCCUGUCUGA